AUGCGCGCAGCCUCGUCCACUGGCACGCCAGGUUCCCAGAACUCAUCCCGCGGACUAUUCCACCCGUACUCGCCCGCCUCGCCCGCCUCCGGUGCUUGGCUAUUCUCAGACUCGUCAGAGGAAUCCUCUUGGUCAGCAGCAGACUCUCUGCUCUGUGACGAUGGCGUGCAUCCAAUUAGCGCGUCGUUCAAGCGCGGCGGUCUACAGCCCCCUCAACGUCUCGUCCUCUACCCUACCCCGACCGGAACUCUGGCGACUCCCAUCAACGAGCGUGGAUGCCCUACUGUCGCUCAGUACCUGGCCGUGGAGACGUCCUACGUGAACGACCACGCUCCCGCCCGUCGUCAGAAGGCACUGCUUAGCUAUGAGUCGAUGUGCGAGAUUGCCCAAGUCCUUGCUUCCUACAACGAGCCCGUUAUCCAACUAGAAGACGGCCGGUUAUUACAUGCGACCUAUCCAGCCACUGGCAUUAUGGCCACUUCCGCCAUGCGCCACUGGGCUCGUUCGAAGUUCACUCUCUCCCACGAUGGCGCCGUCUUAUGCAAGGGCAAGCAAGUGCUCGUUCGCGAACAAUUCUACUCGGCGCUCUGCUGGGCGCAUAUGCAGAGCGCUCAUGGAGGCCGCGACAAGACUUCGCGGGUGCUCUGGCGGUUCGCUGGCGUUCCCAAGGAGCUGAUCAUGCGCUUCGUCGCGUCGUGCCCGACCUGCAUUGACAAGACCGCUGCUCUCAGGCGUACGGGCAUGCACGUCGCUGCGAGGCCAGAGGAGAAGAGUGUGCCAACGCCUGAAGAGUCCGACGAGGGACCCGAUGCACCCGAUCCCGAGCCAACUGCGAGAGAACUGAGUCCCCAACUGGAGGGCGUGUCUUUACCUCCUUUGAGCCAACUGCUAUCGAGCAUCUUCCGCGAUAGCGACGAGCUCCGCAUGCCUUCUCGCGGUCCUACUGUGCUCGACUCGCCUACGAACUUUAGCCCGGUCGGCUCUGCCUUUGACGAAGUACCGUCCCCUCCCCAAGGUUACGUCUCCGAGCAUAUGGGUUAUAGCGGCGGGUCCCUCCCGUCUCCUUCGGACGCAGACGUUAUGGCGUUGGAUGGGCACUCGGCCCUUCAACAUGUGUUCUCUCAGUUUGAUCAUCCCGCCCAACCGACGACCGUCUUCGGUGGCGAAGCUAGCCCGUGGGGAUGCCCUCUGUCUGCCACCAACGACAAUGAAGAGGUCACCGACGACAGCUGUAUCUCGGACGAAUCGGAGUUCCCGUCCAUACUAGACUACAGCUCGUCGCCGAUCACGCAGGCUCCUGCUCGCGAUGCGCUCAUGUUUGCCUGGAGCACAGCUCCCAUGCAACGCCAGGCCGCGACAGAGGGUGUUGGACUUUCACCGCCUUCUUCGCCGUUGAUGCGCGGUUACGCGCGCCUCGCCUCGCCUAUCGUUGAAGAUUCGCCUUCAGCCACCGCGCAUCUGUUGGGCGGAUCUCCCUUGGCUGGUGGCGGGAUCAGUGGAUGGUCUCCUUCAUCUGCGUUGUCUACAUCUCCUGGCGUAGCCAAUACAGGUCACUUCCCUUCACCGGUCUUCAAUAACACGGCUAUUCGGCUUUACGAUACGCCGCUCACCCGCUUCAGCAACCGCACCUUCCAAGAACGGUGGGAGGCGAUGUACUCGGCUCGCAACGUCAACCUCUCUCAUCUGCAAGACCUUCCUCCCGUGCACUCGUUGGAAGGCACAGAGGGCCAUGCAAUCAUGGUGGAGGACGAUUCGUCGGCCGACGAAACUUCAAUGGCGGACGCCCCCGCGGUGGAGUCUGCUCAAGGAGAUGAAUUGUCUCUGCGGGCGCCAUCACUUGACAUGCAGUACGCGGCGCUCGGCUUCGUACACAAGCCCAUUGGUCGCGCCCGUGCUCACUCCCACUCGCUUGGUCUCGCGCUCCAGACGGACUUCUCGGCCGAAGGCGCGCCCACGCCGCCGCUGACGGCAACAAGCACUCUCAGCGCCCGUUCCCCCGUCUCCCCAGGAUUGCAGACGCCUGCCCACUCUCUUCUCAUGCAGAUCGUUUCGAGUGGCAAAGACGACAGCUACGGAGCGAGCGCCCAUGGCGUGAAACUUGAACCGGUCGAUGAGAACAUGCUUCCGUGGAACGAGGGCUUUCCCACUGAACACGAUCCGCUGGCGCCUUACAACAUGUUACAUGACUGGAUCAACAUGGACUACGCCCAAGGAGUUGACGAACAUCCGCUGAAGCUCGAGGAUGCCGGGGAACAAGUGGCUCCUCAGGCCAGCAGCCACUUGUCGGGCGUCCCGGUUGCGUGA